AAUCCCCGCCAAACCUCUCGAGUUGACCCUCCACGAGGAAAGUUUGCCCAGAGCUACCUCUGAGUCAGUGGAGUUAAAAGUGAACGGGAUUUUAUUAUUUUCUAGUUGCUUUGUGCGUAAAAAACGGUCCAGUUGUCAGAGAUAGCGCAUGUCAAAGCGCAGUUCGCGUGAAAAACUUGUUGCAUUUGCUGGAUUUUUUGAGAAUUUCCUGAACAAGAAUACUUCCCAAGCAAUGGCUGGACGUGUGGUGGUUUACGGAGGCCGUGGAGCCCUGGGCAAUGCAUGCGUGCAGCACUUCAAGAAGAACAAUUGGUGGGUGCUGAGCAUCGAUAUGGUAGCCAAUGAGACUGCUGAUGCCAAUGUCCUGGUGGAGCGCGAUGCCUCAUGGGUGGCUCAGGAAUCUUCAGUUCUCUCUCAAGUGGGCAGUGCCCUCAGUGAUUCCAAGGUCGACGCUGUGAUUUGCGUUGCUGGAGGCUGGGCUGGAGGCAAUGCAUCUAAGGAUUUGGCCAAGAAUAGUGAUCUCAUGUGGCGCCAGAGUGUCUGGACAUCAGCCAUUUCCGCCGCCGUUGGGGCCAAUUACCUCAAACCCGGUGGCCUGCUCAGUCUCACAGGAGCCAAGCCAGCUCUGACAGCCACUCCAGGAAUGAUGGGCUACGGUAUGGCUAAAGCAGCUGUUCACCAAUUGACAAAGUCCCUGGCAGGCAAGGAUUCUGGCCUUCCCGACAACUCCCUCGUGGUAGCCAUUCUGCCCGUCACCCUGGACACUCCAAUGAAUCGCAAAUGGAUGCCCAAGGCAGAUUUCAGUACCUGGACCCCUCUCGAGUUCGUGGCUGAUCUCUUCCUGAAGUGGACCAAGGGAGAAGAACGUCCGGCCAGUGGCAGUCUGCUGCAACUCAUUACUCAGGAUUCCGUCACGAAGCUCGUGCCAGCCGAAUAAAUCUCUCUCAGAGUAUCACCGGGACCACUGGCAUUCCACAACGGAAGCGCCCGCAAGACAAUAAAGGCGCCUGCAUUGUUGUAUACUCUCGAAUUAAUUGUGUAAGACACUCUAUUUGAGAUUAAAAGUGUUAUUUGAUGUAGCAGUA